CUACUGUAAAACCAAAAUAUUAUCCGCGAACUGAGUUUAGGAUUGCCCGGGAUGCGCUUCCCUUUAACGCGCGGAACCACGCAACAUUUGAAGCACAUCACUGGAGUCGCCUCCGCGCCGACAGGAAAAACUGCCGCGAUCAGCGCUGUAUUAAUUAUGGACCGAGUCUGCGGUUCCUCAACGCCAAUUUGUGAACUGGUGUGGUUUUAUGAUUUACCGUGACGUGGACGUAAUAUCGAGAAGCCUAAUCUGAAAUUUACCUUAAAUCUGCUCUUUGUCGUCGUUCUGAGAUGGCAAUGGAAUUAUACUUCGAGGUAUUAACUAGGCACAGUGCUUCAGUAGGCUUAAUUUCGGUUAUAGUUCCAAGCUUUUUGCGUACAUUCGACGCGGAAAGAGAUAGACCAUAUGUGUGUUGAUUAAAGUAAACAGGAAUGACAAUUUUCUGACUGCUUUGCGACCUCUUCGAUCAGUGGAACUGCAACCAUCUGCACGUCUCACCUUACAUAACUCCGCAUUUUGGGGGUAUACCAUGAUGGCUCGAGCCAAGAUGUGUGCCGGCAAUUGAACGAUUACAGAAGGCAGUCGCUGGGCUCGGAGCAUCUGUGAGAAGAGACUGAAGGAUUAUCUGCCCUGAUUCCAUCGCCUGCACAAAGACUGUGUUCAAUCACCCUUACUCACUUCCACGCGAUAUCCUUUAAUUGUCCUGUCGUCUUCCAGCCUGGCCUUUCUAUGCUGAAAUAGACCACAAGCAAGCGAGUACAUGUACAUUUAGUAAUUUAGCAGAGCAGAGGUUACUGCUUUUGACGUCUGCGCCUAAGUCAAACAGUUGGUAGUGUUUCGGCCGUCUUUCUUAUUAAAUGGGAAACUUUCCGCAAGGUUGACUUUGAAAGACUGAAAUGCAUUGUGGGGAAACGUGCAUGUGCUUCAAAGAACAAACAAACAAACAAAAUAAUUUCUGAAAUUAACAUUAUUAAUCUGAAAUGAGUCGCAAAUCAAUGGAUGAAUAAAGCCAAUGUGUAAAUAUAUCGCAUCGAAAACCAUGAAGCUAGUUAAUAACCUUUUUGUAUAAUUAUUUACUUGUUUUUGUUUUUACGUUUUAAAAUGCAACAGCAUUGUGCUGCCCCUGCCACAAGUCUAAUUCUGAAUUUAAGUAAAGGAACGAUGAAUGAUGGAACUCCGUGGGUUACCGAGGUGAUGAAUGAUUUAACUCCGUGCGUGCCGGAGCUGACGGCUGAGGCGGACUUUGGUUGCCCUUCCACUGACACUCCCUCUCGAGGGCUUGAUCAUUUGAGCAAAACUGCUUUGCUAAAGCAGAAUUGUGCUGUAACUGUGCCAGACGUGGGAAAUUCGCCAGAAAAUCAGGACGACUGUCAGCAAAGAGGCAGAGUCAAACAGGCAGGCGAGACAGAAUAUGCGGUGCACAAUCAUUUCGAAACCGCUGGCUGUCCAAGUGGAGAGAGGAAUACAGCAAUCGGCAACACAGAUCAAAUCCGUAUAUCAUCAGAUAUAUGUGUUCAUAAAAAUGCACAACAGCCGAGUACUUUCCAGUUGCUUACGUUUGACCCGACCAGAGAACUAAGUAACUCAAUUAGCCGUAAUAGAGUGACGAAGCAGCCUAACGGCGCGCAGGGGAACGUGCCGUGCAGUCCGGGUUCAUCCCACUGCGUCUCUGGCGAAUCCAAAGACGAACGGCAACCGGAAAGCGCCUUUUCCGUCUAUAAAAACAGCCAAAUAGUGAGGAGUCAGUGUCAGGUUAACACUGCCUCUUCCGUGUCGGAGGAGGAGGGGACCGCUGCGCCUGACACUUAUUGUAUCUCCGCGGGACUGCGGCCAACACAUGAGCGCGGUCAUUUAGCCAGCUCGGGACACGCAUCCAUUCAGAGGGAGCACAACGGAAACAAAGCACCAGGAAACUCUGGAUUCCAGUCGGCUCGGGGACGCCAUGAAAGUGAAAACGGGCUCAGGACCAUCGCUUCUGUAAAAGCCGAGCCGGAUUUGGUGAUUGAAGUGUCUGGAAAGAACAUCCGAGCGCAUAAAUCGGUUUUGGCGGAGAAAAGUGACUAUUUCAAGGCGCGACAGUCCAGAGAAAUUCUAAAGGUAAAAGGGGUGAGUUACAACACUUUAACGAUUUUGGUCGAUUAUAUUUAUUCGUCCCGAAUGCAGGUGAAUAAGCAGAAUGUUGUAGAGGUCAUCACCGGGGCUAAAAUUUUACAAAUCCCGUGCGCGGUGGAAGCCGCUAUGGAUACAGUGUCGACUCAGAUCACCGCCGAGAACUGCUAUGAGAUUUUGACUAUAGCCAAAAAGCAGAGGUUAAGCGAACUGAAAGAGACAGCCUACAAAUUCAUGAGCGAUAACUUCUUGCAGAUAUUGCGUGAUCCCGCUGUAUAUGGGCGUUUGACUGGAGCGGAGAGAGAUCUGAUUCUGAAGCGCCGAAUGGAAGGACAGAGGUGUUUAAUGGUGGCGGAAAUACACGACGUUAAUGUCCGCGUCGGGAGCAGACCCCCGAGCCGAGACAGCAGCCGCCCGCAGAGCCCCCUGUCCUUCGUUUCCAUCGAGGAGAACCAUAUGAUCUAUUAUUACAACGAGGCGAAAAAGGAGUGGAAAUCUCUGACAAAGAUGCCGGACGAGAUAAACACGAAGGGCUGUGGGAUUUGCACCAUGUACAAUUACCUGUUCGUGGCAGGUGGAAUAAAAGGUUAUGGCGACAAAAGUAAGCUUUCAGAUAAGGUGUUCUGCUAUAACCCUCUCACGGACCACUGGAGCGAAAUCCGCCCCCUGAACCAGCCCCGGUCCCAGCUGAAGCUGGUGUCUAUGGACGGCUACCUGUACGCGAUCGGUGGGGAGUGUCUGUUUACGGUGGAGAAAUACGACCCUCGGAUGGACAGAUGGACCCCCGUGGCCCCUCUGCCGAAGGGGGCGUUUGCUGUUGCCCACGAAGCCACAAUAUGCAACGGAGAGUUAUACGUGUCCGGUGGCUCUCUGUUCUACCGCCUUCUCAAAUACGACCCCAAGAGGGACGAGUGGCAAGAAUGUCCUUACAACAACAGUAGAAAGAAAUCCACAGACAUGGUGGCGUUUAAAAAUUUCAUCUAUAGGUUUGACGUUAACCGUGACCAGGGUGUCAGUGUGUUUAAAUAUAACACGGUUGUGAAAAUGUGGCACGAUAGCGCGUCCUUGCAGCAGACUAACCCUUUACCUUUCAGAUGCGCCGUCAUCGGCAAUUGCAUUUACUGUGUGAACAAAAUCCAGACGCUGCAGUUCAUUGUGGAGGAGGAAAACGAACGAUUUGGACCGGAACCAAUGAAAGCCCCGGUCGAAGCUAAAGGCGUUCUCUUCCCCUUCGUACUGAGCCUGGUCGAGAGGGCUGAGACCAGCGCAUAAAGAGCGUUUGAGACCGCACAUCAUCCAAACAUUCCUGCGGAGUCUAAUGGGGACUUGAGUAGAAUAAAACAAAUGC